AUGCUCCUUGUAAAGGAAAAAAAGGAACAAAAAUCGCUCAAAGGCGUCAAAUCAACCUGCAAACCACUUCAGACCAUGCGCAAGUCAUUCAUCACCGUCUUUGUUUUUAGUGCCUUGGCUGCUGUCAGCUCCGCGUUCUGCGUCAAGGACCGAGAUGAUUGCCCCUCUGGAACCCAUGGGGUUGAAGAUCCAGUGUAUUGUGUAGAAAGUGGCUACUCUUACGACCACCAGUUUCUCUGUGCAAGAGAUUCGGUCAAGACUGUCGGUAUCCGAGGCCGAGUACCACCCCCCAACCUGAGGGGAGCUUGUGUCCGCGAGUGCGAUCACUGCCCUUCUGGAACUCAUUGUGAAAAUGAACCCGAGAUCUGUAGGGAUAUGGGCUUCCCUCCUCAAUAUCACUUGCUUUGCGUCGGAGGAGAUCCCAACUCUUCUGAGAAGAGCUCUUGCCACUGA